GCAAAAGAUGAUGGACCUGCAAGCGGGCUUGGACCAGGCGAUGAAGAAGCAAGAAGUCCAGAUGCUGAGGGCUGCGGAAGCCUUUGCCGGGAAGCAGGGCCCCGUGCUUAUGGGCAUGGCGUACCGGGCCUGGCAUGACCUCUCGAUGGGCGAGAGAGCGCGAGAAGAAGCGGAGCGGGAGCGCCUGGUGGCGCUGGAGGAGAUGGAGCUGCAACGUGAGCAAGAAGAAAACAGACGCAACGAACGUAUCGCCAGAGCUCUCGAUGGCAUGGGCUGCAAGCGGACUCGGGUCAUUCUGAAUGAGUAUUUCUCCGCUUGGGCGCUGCUCUGGGAUACCGAGAAGCUCGAGAAGAUGCAGAAGCUGGCGCACAACUCGCAGAUGCAAGCGUACUCGGAGUACAUGCUGGGCAAGAACCUGGCGAGGAACGCUGCGACACUGUUAGCGAAUUCCUUCAAAGAGUGGCACAUGGAGACGAAGGCAGCGGCCCAUUCGCUCCACUUGGAUACCCAGGAGGAGAAUCUUCGGCAGACGAUGGAGUAUGCGCAACAGCUGGAGCAGGAGCGUGAUGACCUCCAGGAGCAGCUGCAGCUGUACUACCAGCAGAUUGAUUUGAUCACCGAGACGCUGCAAAAGGAGCUGCAGACCAAGGAAGAGUUGGCUUCGGAGCUGCGGGAUGCCUACGACAAGAUGCGGCAGCAGUCCAAGGUCCCACUGACCACGCCCAGUACAAUGGCGAGUCUGGACUCGAGAAGCCGCACCAGCAGCCUGGAGGGUCGACGCAAGGAGACCACGCAGACGCCAAAGGGCGCUCGCACGCUAGGCACCCCGCGCACUGCCACGGCGGCCACGGUGGGAGCUGCGAACACCGGCAACAGCGCCGGCUCGGGCAAGGACCGGCGGACCGAGGCGAGGACCGAGCCGCUCGCGGCGAUGCCUUCGCUGCCACCGGCGAGAAGAUCUCGCGGCCGGGAGGAUGACCUUGACUGGAACCAUGCAGUGCAGCGGAUGUCCGACGAAGGACUCGUACAUCUCGACUCCUAG